AUGGGGCGACAGGAGGGUGAACAGUUCGUGGAUAUGGGCCGGGUAGUUGCUGAAGUGAUUGUCCAACGCAGUAUUGUAUUUACCGACUGUCCACAGGAACAGUGGAUACCCAUCAACAAGAAUGCCUCACAUCAAAUGGACCGGGCUGGUACUGUGAUCAGACCGCAGCCGUCUGUCACGAUUCGCUGCGCUAUCCAGGCCUUACCUCCACCUAUCAUCUUUUGGCGAUUCAAAGGACAGCCAGUUGCAACCGGUUCGCACUACGUUACAUCGAAUAUCGGUUUGACAUUGUUUGAUCCAACUGAACAAGACGCCGGAGUGUAUACAGUGAUCGCUAAACAGCCAACACAGACAGCUGUUUUUGACAUUCGAGUUUCCGUAUUCACUCAGCCUUGGAUAACCUAUGGUCCUGUCAUUGUUGGACCAUAUGCAAAUUCGAUGGUAUCCGGAUGUGAGGCUUAUUUACAGUGCCUUGCCGACGGUAACCCUCCACCCACCAUCCACUGGUAUCACCAACGCGAUCCGCAAACCGAACUGCAGAAUCUGGAUCCACACAAAUAUUUUGUGAACACCAAUUCACGGCUCGGGAUGUUGCGAGUGGUUCGUGUACAUUAUCCGGAAGACUCCGGAGUUUACUUUUGUCGAGCCCUUGCUUCGGUGCCACAUAUGUACGAUGGUCGGAAGAAUGCAGAAGCUGAAGCGAAAUUGACAGUCAAUGUGACACUGCGCCCGCAUCUCAUCCCACUGACAACGAUGCAUCAGUUUGUGGAUGUUGAUUUGAUUACGGAAACAGCCCUAUCCUCGUGCGAGGAAAGUGGCAUCGAUUUACUCCCAGGUGGCAGACUGUCUGAUCUAGAGUAUGCAGGCGACGUUGUGCUAUUGAGUGAAGAUCCAGGUAAGUUACAAGCUUUUCUGGAAAGUUUGAAUGGUAGUGUAGCCAUGUCCGGUAUGCAUUUUGCACCUUCAAAGCGUAAAAUGCUACUUCAUGACUGA